AUGGGUAAUCACCAAUCUACCCAAUCGAAGGAGGAAACCCGACGCUCCAACCGCCUUUCCAAGCCUUUGACAAAGAAACUCGCGCUAAGCUCUCCUCAACUGUCUCGAGAAGAAUAUGAAACUGCAUCCGGGUUGGUGAGAUGGGAAAACACUUGGGUAUCGAACCUUCCAGAGGUGAAGAACUUCGCAAGUGCAGAGACAAGAGAGAUUUCUACAACAUCGUUUGAAUCUAAAUCGACCACACCAAAAAAACACAGCCUGAAACAGGCAAAUGCAUCCGUUUCUACCAUGGACCAUCUAUCAGCAUCAUCUGGCUCUUCUGUAACCAGCCGUGCGGCGAAGAGAGCAAGCCAACCAGUGAUAUCACCGAUCUCUACACAAUCAUCAAGUGCAUCUCCACAUCCGAGACGAGCCAACUCAGUUCAACUCAACCUCCAGAGACAUGGAAGUGUCAUCUAUGAGAGUCCAGUGGAAGAUGUAGCUUCCUCCAACACGCAUUUCUUGGUGGACAAUCAGCGCUUCUCAUUGACUCGUCGGCGAUCGUUACUGACGCGCCCGGGGGUAGCAACCCGACGAACUACCGGGGCUAUUCGACGUGUACCAUCGCCCAUUGGGGAGCCUGAGAUGGAUGAUUCGGAAUCAGCUCUUCUGGCUUGGUCCCUCCCUCCUCGUCGGAGAUCUGCACGCCAAUCUAGAGUCUCAGAGCGACCCACAAGCCCCGCAGAUGCACAAUAUACCCAGUUGGGUGCUUUGAAGCUUGGUUCUCUACGGGUUGUAAAUGGUUCUGCGUCCCCGUGCCCAAGUGAGAGAACUCCUCUCGAUCGAUCUAUCAUCGUCGCAGGGCUCGGCCUACAGAGUGUUGAGACGAUGUGCCCAAAACCAACGGUAGAGAUACCUGUGACAUCAGAUUUGAAGAAAUCAGAUGAUUUCCCAGCAAGUCCAUUCUCAUUUGAGAAGUCUCCCAUCAUUUCUGUACCGUCACGAAGCAAGACUCUCCAUAUCAAAGAGAUAGAAGACGAAGGAAUAGCUAUGUGUGAUGACAGCCAGCUGGAGAAGAAUAUUACGAUGGAGACUGUAUUGGACCGCAGUACGUCCGGAUCACUCAACAAGUCGGAUAGUGGUUAUAGCUCGGCAACAUCGCUUCAUUCGAUUCAGCGAAGCCGAACAUCCGUCGACUCUCAAUCAUCAGUCUCUAAUAUCGCAGCGGACAAGAUUCAGCGCCACCUAAAUCUGCAGGAGAAACCAGGGAACUACUCUCGACCUCAACCUAAUUCUGCGCGCUGGUAUGAUGGGAAUGGGCCACAUCCUCCGGCGCGGUCUGCAGUCGGGGCACGCCGGUCUACGCUGUGUGCUCCCAGAUAUACAGAGUAUCCAGUUCAGACUGGUCUUGCAUCGGAAUACGUCAAAUCCACCUACCCACUUAUCUUCCAAGAAGAGCAAACCAUCUCCAGCAGAGGUCCUCUUUAUGCAGAUCGCUUCUCCAUGACACCGCUCGAUUCUUCAUACAACUCGAGCCCAUCGACCAGUUUGGAACGGGCAACCAGUCAUAGAAAAAGCACAGAUAAGAGUAUCAAACCGCGCGUGCAUCGAUCUGCUUCAGAGCAUCAUCUGAAUCGCAAAAACUUGGAAGAGGCUGAGAUGUUUCAAUCCCGAUCUCGCAGUCGAGCAUCUUCUGGCCGAGUCUGGAGACAGAGGCCUGGUAUCGAAGUGCCACCUUUGCCUACCAUUUUGUCUCCUGGUCACAUUCUUGCUGGUGAAGAAGAAGAAGAUGCAGGAUUCCAUGGGACUGAACACCGAGGUCGCCCUCGCACCCGCAGUCAAGAUUAUCGCCGUCGCAAGCUCAAUAAAUUGCGUCCCCAGCCUACUGUUCACAUGACAACUUCUACAGUUUCUCUUCGUUAA